AUGUCAAGUGCUGCUCCAGCCGAGCUCGCGGCAACAGUACGAAAGCCUCGUGGUAAGAGGAAGAGACAGGAGAAUGAGAAUGAUAUCUCUACGCAGAACAGUCAGAAUAGUGUCGGUUCUGUAGCUGACGGACCAUCGAAUACCGACGAUGCAGUUCCCACUGACACCCAGAAAACGACCAAGUCCAGGAAACGGGCUGCGCCGAAAAAGGCCGGGUCGAAACAGAAUAGCACGGAAAGUGUAGCCCCCGCCGAGGAGUGCAAGAUUGAAUGGCCUCAACGCUUCAAGGACCUUGAAAAGACGCACCGCGCACUCAAUCUCGUCUUUACGUUUUGCUGUACUCGGAAACACCUCGCCACCACGUUUGAGACGAUCAAGUCCUCGGUGGAAUCGCACACAAAGACGUCCCUGACGGUCGAGGAUAUAGCUGCCAUCGCCGCUAUACGCCCCGAGGGCGUCAACUUUGCCUAUGUCGAUGAGAUUAUGCUGCAGACCGAGGUCAGGGGCGCCGAGCGCGAUGUGGUGUUCAAGAAGGGGCGGGAUUUCCUCUCCCAGGCUCCUGCGCCUGAUGCCUCUGUCGGAGGUAUCUCGGGUCUCGAGAAACUGGAUCACCAUCCCGAUGAGGCUGUCGAGGGAGGGAAGGAAGUGCUGUAUUUUGAGUUUGUGGACGGCGAUCUGAAACGGCAGGUUAAGGAUAGGAAGACGGGGGAGAUUAUCAAGCCGAACAGGAAACUGAGAGAGGAGACUCUCAAGAUGCCCGUCUACAGCCAGAAGCAGAUGACGAAUCUGAUCGAGAGGCGGAAUCAAAGGUUCAACGACGCCAUUGUCUAUUUUCUCAAUCAAUGCGUCGCCGAUGGGCUUGAUCCAGAGCUGAGUCUGGCAACGGCAACCGAGGCUCAUAUUCCUGUGCCGACAAUCACAGAGGAGACGGAGCUCAAGGACCUCGGAGCUUUACCCGAAUCCAUCCCAAUGGAGCGUAAAAGCGUUCCAGAGAUUGUCCAGGAGCUGAAAGAUUGCUCUUGGUACACUGGGCAGAUUGUGCCCGACGGCCACCGCGUCUUCGAGCCGCAGGAACCUGUCUACGGCGAUCUCAACUUCCUUCUCAGCCAGGACCUCGUGAAUGCACUGUACAACGCAAAGGGCAUCACGCAAUUCUUCGCGCAUCAGACCGAGGCCAUCAAUGGUUUGCUAGAAGGGCAGCACGUCGUCGUGGCCACGUCGACGAGUUCCGGCAAGUCGCUGAUUUACCAGCUGCCUGUGAUUCACGCCUUGGAAGAGAAUCCGCACACGCGCGCCAUGUACAUUUUCCCGACGAAAGCCCUGGCGCAAGAUCAAAAACGGAGUUUGAGGGAGCUCAUGAGCUAUAUGCCGGGCAUGGAGGAAGUGCUUGUGGAGACGUUUGAUGGAGAUACCCCGAUGAAGGAACGCAAUGUGAUCCGAGAAGAGGCGAGGAUCAUCUUCACCAACCCAGACAUGUUGCACAUCACCAUUUUACCGCAGGAGGAGAGAUGGAGGACAUUCUUGAAGAACCUCAAGUACGUCGUCGUUGAUGAGCUGCACUACUACAAUGGGCAGAUGGGUUCCCACGUGGCCUUUAUCAUGAGGAGGCUGCGAAGAAUAUGCGCUGCUGUUGGAAACCGCCAUAUCAAGUUUAUCUCGUGUUCUGCGACGGUAGCCAACCCAAGGCAGCAUUUCAAGACGAUCUUUGGCAUAGAGAAUGUGCGGCUCGUCGACUUUGACGGCUCCCCGUCCGGUCGCAAAGAGUUUCUUUGCUGGAACACGCCGUACAAGGACCCCGGAGACCCGGCCAGCGGGCGAGGCGACGCCCUGUUUGAGUGUGCUCGCCUCUUCUGCCAGCUCAUGCUCAGGGGCGUGCGCAUCAUCGCCUUUACCAGAGUCAGAGAGCAGUGCGAGAAGCUGGUUACCGCGGUGCAGCAGGAAUUGGAAUCUCUCGGGCGGCCAGAGUGCGUCAAUAGAGUCAUGGGCUACAGAGGCGGCUACACGGCGCAAGACCGACGGCGGAUCGAGUCAGAAAUGUUUGAGGGCAAACUGCUCGGCAUCGUGGCGACCACUGCCUUGGAGCUCGGUAUUGACAUUGGCACGCUGGAUUGCGUGCUGACCUGGGGAUUUCCCUAUACCAUUGCCAACUUGCGCCAACAGAGCGGCCGUGCCGGACGAAGGAACAAGGACUCGCUGUCGGUGUUGGUGGGCGACUGCUUUCCUACUGAUCAACAUUACAUGCAGAACCCGGACGAGAUCUUUUCCAAGCCGAACUGUGAGCUGCAGGUCGAUCUGGAGAACAUGCUGGUGCGGGAAGGACACAUUCAGUGUGCCGCGUAUGAGAUGCCCAUUCGGCCGGUGGAGGAUGCUCAGUACUUUGGCAAGGAUUUGCCCAUCAUCUGCGAGGAGAGGCUGGUAAAGGAUCCUUUGGGAUUUUAUCACUGCCACGAUCGGUUCCGCCCUAUACCUUCGAGGUUCGUCGCCAUCCGUGAUACCGAAGACGAUCACUUCGCCAUCAUUGAUAUCACGCACGGUAAGAACGAGGUCUUGGAGGAGCUAGAGGCAUCGAGGGCAACGUUUACGAUAUACGACGGCGCCAUUUUCCUCCACCAGGGUAACAAGUACCUGGUCAGGGAUUUCCAGCCCGAAAAGAUGAUGGCGAGGGUGGAGCGUGUCAAGGUCGAGUGGACCACGACGCAACGAGACUUCACCGACAUUGACCCGAUCGAGACGGAAGCCAUUCGCAAGAUCUCCGGGUCAAUGUCCAGAGCCUUUUACGGCACGAUCAAGAUCCAGCAAAACGUGUACGGGUUCUUCAAAGUGGACAAGAAGAAGCGCGUGCUCGACGCCGUGCACGUCGACAACCCCCCCGUCAUCCGAUACGGCAAGGGUAUGUGGCUCGACAUACCCAAAAAGGCGCUGCAGAUCCUCGUCGACCGGCGCCUGAACAUCGCCGCGUCGAUACACGCGGCCGAGCACGCCAUCCUCAGCCUGAUGCCCAACUUUGUCAUCAGUCUACCGGGCGACGUCCGCACCGAGUGCAAAAUCGCCCUGAAAGAGUUUGCCAAGAAGGAUUCCCAGAGGAAGAGGCCGGGCCGGCUGACGUUUUACGACGCCAAAGGCGGUGCUAGCGGGUCGGGCAUCAGCACAAAGGCGUUUGAGCAUGUCGACCACCUGCUGCAGCAGGCUGUCAAGAGGGUCGAGGACUGCUACUGCGAGCACGGGUGCCGGGAGUGCGUCGCGUCGGACCAGUGUAAGCAGGCGAACGAGGUGAUGAGUAAAGCGGGGAGUCAGGUGAUUUUGAAGACGUUGCUGAAUAGGGAGAUUGAUAUCGAUGCGCUGCCGAUGGGGCCCGAGGAGUAUUGUCCUGCGGGGAUCGAGACUGUUGUCGUGGCGCAGACUGUCCCGGCCAAGGAUGGGGGGAGAUUGAGGGUGGUUGAGAUUAAGGAGGAGGAGUUUGAUGAGAGGGAUACGGUCUUGUUGGAGGAGGCUGAGGUGUGGACUGGGCGGGAGGAGGAGGAGGAGGAGGAGGAGGUACACGAUGGUGAAGAGCCAUGA